AUGAUGAUCUUUGAUUUGAAUAUGAAAUACAUGAGGGCACCAAAUUAUUCUUAUUAUGAUUAUUCUGUGAGUCUAACACUCAAAGGCUUCGAGAUUAAGUUGGUGAAAAUCCAAACACUUCUUACAUCCAUUGAUUUGUCGGGCAAUAAAUUCACAGGAGAUCCACAGUCAAUUGGAAAACUUAAAUCACUUAAGUUGCUCAACUUGUCUCACAAUCAACUCACAGGCAAUAUUCAACCAUCAUUGGGGAAUUUGAGCAAUUUGGAAUCAUUAGACCUCUCUUCAAAUCUUCUUGUUGGAAGGAUUCCAAUGCAAUUGACAUAUUUGACAUUUUUGGAAGUGUUUCGGGUUUCACAUAAUCAACUUGAAGGACCUAUACCCGAAGGAAAGCAGUUCAACACAUUUGAUAACACUUCAUAUGAAGGGAAUUUGGGAUUGUGUGGAUUUCCGCUAGAAAAAUGUGACAAUGGGGAGAGGCAACAACCAACAUCAUCAAAAGAAAUUGAUUCCAAGUCUAAAAAAGGAUUUGGAUGGAAAGCUGUAUUGGCAGGGUAUGGAUGUGGAGUAAUAUUUGGUGUUGUAAUGGGUUAUGUUGUGUUUAAAACAAGAAAACCUAUAUGGUUUGUGAGGAUGGUUGAAGGUGAAGGGCGUCGAAUGCUAAAAAGAUUUAGCAAUUAA